AGGGAGGGAGGGAGAGAGGGAGAGAGAGAGAGAGAGAGAGAGAGAGAGAACGAUAGUAGCAGCGAAGAGAGCAAAGUAGCGCACGCUCUCUCUCGUGCGAGCGUAUCUACCGUUCACCGUUGUCGAGAGACACGGGUAGCGCGGUACACGGGCUACCGAGGUGUUUCGAAGCGCAGCUGCGGGGGCCCAGGAUGCUGCCCGACGUAGCAAGAAGAUGGCCGUGAUCGGCGAACGCAAAUACCACACGGCGAUCCGUGCGAACGUGUACACGGAGUUUUCGUGUCGUAAAAUCGGGAGCACUCAGACGGACACGUUCACGUCUUCGUUCUCGUCAUCGUCGCCGUUGCCGUCGUCGUCGUCAUCGUCAUCGUCGCCGUCGUCGUCGUCGUCGUCGACGUCGUCGUCAUCGUUGUCGUCGUCGUCGUCGUCGUCAUCGUUAUCGACGUUGUCUUCGUCCUCGGUGUCGACUCGCUGUCGUCGGCACAGAAAGAAAGGCGACCAGCCGUCGCAACUGCCCACUAUGACAUCCUCGCGCGGCAGCGGCCCAGAGUCCGGCGAGUUGAGCGACCCGGACGACGGUUACCUGGACACGGACCCGCUCAGGUCUGAGCUGCGCAACAUACAGAGCGUCAUACAAGUCACGCGGCAGAAUAUCGACGCUCUGAACAAUCGGUUUGCCGACUUCCAACAUCCGCCGUCGAUAUAUCUCAACGAGUAUCACGAGCUGACGAGUAAGUUGCACGAUCUAGAGUGCAAGGAGCUGAAGCUCAAUGAACUGCUGCACGGCGAAAAGAUACCGACCAGUGCCUCCACGUCAGAGAGUGACAACAGCGUAGCCAGGACGCCUGUCAAGUCGAUCAGUACACUGAGAGCAUAUCUACCUAAUCAGCAGCGUACCAGUGUACAAGUACGAGAAGGACUUUCCUUGAGAGACGCACUGGCCAAAGCCAUGAAGCUGCGUAAUUUAACUACCGAGAUGUGUGCGGUUUAUAUUCUGGGUAUGGGUAAUUCCAAACACUUGACGUCUUGGGACGCAGACAUCUCGUUGUUGGACUGCGACGAGAUUUCGGUCGAGAUUUUGGAUAAGUUUCCCAUAACUACUUCCAUCUCGCACAACUUUGUGCGUAAGACGUUCUUCUCGUUAGCCUUUUGCGAAUACUGCAGGAAGCUGCUCUUCCAAGGCUUUUAUUGCAGAACGUGUAAUUACAGAUUUCACCAGAGAUGCGCGAGCGGCGUGCCUCCCCUGUGCCACCAGGUACGCUUGCAGGACGCUUACUAUCAAGCUCUGCUCGCCCAUAAUCCUGAGAUUACAGCCGGGAUCUUGCAACUCCCUUCCGGCUAUGGCUUGAGCAGGAGCAUGUCUCCUUCUCUGGCUCCGUCGAGGAACCAGAGGCACCCACGUUCCCUGGGCCAGCACGAUCGUUCCAGCUCUGCACCCAACGUCUGUUUCAAUAUGGUGAAACCAGGUGGUGAGCCGGUGACUCUGGAGGAGUACAGCAGAUCUCAGAGUUUAGGCAGACCUGCCGGCACCACUCAGAGCCCCGUGUCGUCUGACAGCAGCCCGACCAAGCACAGCCAGUCCACUCAGGCCAGUCCUACCAGUACUUUGAGGUUGAAGCGGCCGAGGGCGAAGUCAGCCGACGAGUCGACGAAGAACCUCCUAGCACCGAGGGAAUCUAUCGAGGAUUGGGAGAUCCCAGCGGAUGAGAUUUUGGUAGGGCCACGUAUCGGGUCCGGAUCAUUCGGGACUGUGUACAAGGCUCAUUGGCACGGACCCGUCGCGGUGAAGACGCUCAACGUCAAAAUUCCCACGACCGCGCAGUUGCAAGCAUUUAAAAAUGAGGUAGCUGUUUUACGUAAGACUCGACAUGUGAAUAUCUUGUUGUUUAUGGGUUGCGUUAGUAAACCACAGCUCGCGAUCGUUACGCAAUGGUGCGAGGGCUCGUCUCUGUACAAACACUUGCACGUGUUCGAGUCGAAAUUCGAGCUGAUAACGGUGCUAGAGAUCCCCAGGCAGACCGCGCAAGGUAUGGACUACCUGCACGCCAAGAACAUCAUUCACCGAGACCUGAAGAGCAACAAUAUAUUCCUGCAUGACGAUUCUACGGUCAAGAUCGGUGACUUCGGCCUGGCGACAGCGAAGACCAGAUGGUCCGGCUCGCAGCAGUUUCAUCAGCCGAGUGGCUCUAUACUCUGGAUGGCGCCCGAAGUCAUAAGAAUGCAAGAGGAAAACCCGUACAGCUUUCAGUCCGAUGUCUACGCCUUCGGUGUGGUAUUGUUCGAGUUGCUGACAGGUCAACUACCGUAUUCGAAUAUAAACAACAAAGAUCAGAUAUUGUUUAUGGUAGGUCGCGGCUAUCUGCGCCCCGAUUUGAACAAGGUGCGUUCCGACACGCCGGAAGCGCUCAAAAGACUCACGGAGCACUGCAUCAAGUUUUCGCGGGACGAACGACCGAUGUUCCGUCAGAUCGUCACUAUAUUAGAGUCCAUUCUGCUCGCUCUACCGAAGAUAAAGAGAUCAGAAUCCGAACCGAAUCUGAAUAGGACGCAACUGCAGUCUGACGAUUUUCUCUACACAUGCGUCUCACCAAAGACCCCGGGGAACUUUCAACCGGGCAUCUUUGGCGCAUUUCCCUUUUAUCCUUCCGGCGGGAACAUAUAAAUGUAUUGGCUGACACAUUAUAAGUCUGAUGCACACGUUGCAUAAAGUAUUUAAAAUAUUGAAAAUAACGAUAAGCUUAACUAUGAACAAUCUAUAUAAUUCUUUCCAAUUACACUCUGAUCGUGUCGCAGAUGUUUGCUCGAUGUGGAAUGUGAAAACAUUCUUCGAUGUGGAAGGAAACGAAGCGAAAAUGGGAAAAAAAGAAACAGAGGUUUGUAUCGCCGAGAAAGAGAGCGCGGGAGGGACGCGAGAGAACGCACGCGAAAACGUACGUAGCUUUUAUCUUUAGACAUUUAUCAAACGUUUACAAAGAAAUGUAAGUUUUCAUCCGAUCAGUUGCAAUCAUUCAUAUAUAAAUAUACACACAUA